AUGCCCUGGGAAGAAGUUUAUUCGGUGACAGGCUUUCCAACGGCUAUUGAUAUCAACCAAGGUCCUCUUGCCAAGUUCUAUCGAAGUGCUGAGGCUUUCCGUCUGGACAUUCACCAUGCUUUGUUCGACGAAUGGUCUCUGGAUCUACUUCUCGCGCAAGUCCAGAGAGCUUACUCGGGAGGGAGUCUGGAGAUGAAGGCGUUCAGUCCAUUCGUGAGACAUUUACUCGAGCAAGACCAGAUGAGCUCCGAGACAUUUUGGCGACAGCAAUUUUCUGGCCUGGGGGCAGCGCAUUUUCCCGCCACUGCUUCGAAGGCAGGAACUACAACCAAGACAAUUGUGCUUGAAUGCAAUCUGCCGUUCGAUGUCGAGAUGUCGACCAAGUACACUCUUUCUUCCGUUGUUCGACUUGCGUGGGCCAUUCUUUUAUGGCAACAGACAGGUUCUGAGGAUGUCGUGUUUGGCGCAACUGUUAGUGGUCGAAAUGCCAAUGUCGAUGGUAUUGAUCAGAUUAGCGGACCAACCUUGGCAACUCUGCCUAUUCGUAUCAAGCUACCGAUUGAGACUUCUGUUCAAGAAGGUUUAGCAGUGGUUCAGGAUCAGUUCGUCAGCAUGAUUCCACAUGAGCAAAUGGGUCUGUCUCGCAUUCGACAAUUUGGAAAAGAAGCCAUUGAAGCAUGCAACUUCCAGAAUCUUCUUGUUGUGCAACCGCAUGAACAGAAGAUGGAGUCUUCCGUGUUUCUGUCUUCAACUGGUGAUGCCUCUUCUUUGGAUAACGCCAAGGCAUUUGCAAGCUAUCCACUAGUCCUGACAUGUCGGCCAGAUGAAGACCGGAUCAACUUCAAAGUGGCAUUUGACUCUGACUUGAUCACUUCAGAGACUGGUGAGAGUCUUCUCAGACAGCUAUCUCACGUUGUGAGACAGAUCAUGACAUCUGGAUCUGUGGCUAUCAAGGAUAUCAGCUUGGUUCCUCCGCAGGAUAUUGAGAAAUUGCGAGGAUGGGACCAUGCAGUCCCGACACCUGUCGAGAUAUGUAUUCACCAUCGUAUUCGACAGCUUUCCACAGCCCAUCCAGAUGCACUUGCAGUCCACUCCAUGGAUCUUGACUUGACGUACCGACAAGUCGAGGACUAUUCAAACCACUUUGCAUGCCAUCUGAUCAGUCGAGGCGUCAAGCAAGGUGAUUUUGUACCCGUCACGAUAGAGCGAUCACCAUGGGCCCCAGUGAUUAUGCUCGCAGUCCUCAAGACGGGAGCCGCCUUUGUACUUCUCGAUCUUUCACACCCUAUUCAACGGUUGAGAACGAUGUGUUCUAUGGUCGAUGCCAAUAUACUCGUCACUUUUGAACAGACCAAGCACAUCGGGGACAAGCUAUCACUUGCUAUCACAACCUUUGACCCAACGGCGUAUCUUGAAGGACAAGACUUCAAAUCUUUACCUCCAGCGAUCUUUCCACACCCAGACUCUCCUGCUUGCGUUGUCUUUAGCUCUGGAUCUACAGGUGUACCCAAGGGUAUAGUACUUCCCCAUGGUGCUAUCGCCACGAGCGCGACUGUCAUGCGAGAACACGGCAACCUCACCGCGAACAGUCGGGUCUUCCAUUUUGCUUCAUUCGCAUUCGAUAUCAGUAUCGGAGAGAUCUUGUUUACUCUUGCAGCUGGUGCCUGCAUUUGUGUGCCACAAGAGCAAGAACGAAGAGACAAUCCCGCCAAGGCAGCAGGCGAUCUCAAGGCCACAUGGGCUCUGUUAACUCCUUCUGUCAUCAACCUGUUCGAUCCUACGGAUGUACCAACUUUGGAGACUUAG